CCAGAAAGCACAAUGGACUUGAAUGCCUGCUCGUAGCUCUGCUUUCUUGGCGAUUUACUCCCUGACCUCCCUUCGUUCAGGUUUGACUGUUCUCCCCUGUGCAGGAUGGCGUGCAUGGCAUUGCAACGGUCUAACAGGAUCCCUUGUCACCCUGCUCUCACCCGCCGAGGCGUGCUCCCUGGCUAAUGGGAUGCAGACCUCCUGUUGCAGGGGAGCACAGAAAAGACACUUCUCAUGGUGCAUGCAAAGAAGUGUCUGCGUUUCGUGCUGCGCAGCACUUGCGUACACGGAAUAUCUAGACUCAAGCAACGUGGUAGGCUACCACUAUGGAGUUGUCACUAGUGACUACGUGCUAUGAUUUCCUGUCCCACGCAGCUGCGAGCGGUGCACGAUCUCAGAAUGCAGGCAUGGGCUGCUAUUGCAAAAUCAUGUUUGAAAUCAGCUGUAUUGAGUGACGUGGCCGUCGCAGCGAGUAUUUUGCAACUGGCUCAUCAACGUCAUGGUCAGCGUGGCCCCAGCUUGGACAAGAGAUUCCUUCCUUCACCCGCCACAAUACGAGACAUUUUUGGUUUUAUUUCUGGGAAUUGCCUAAACUACAAGAAGAGAAAACCAGCAAUGGCUGCGAAGAUACCCGCUGGCGCCGCACCAGUGAGACGGGCAGCGGCACCCGGAGCGGGAGUCGAUGUGGUGGAAGUUGAAGAUGGGCCGGAAGUGGGGGUGGGAGUCGACGGGGAAGAGGACGAGGGCGUCGUUGGCGUGAAGGAACCGAGCAGGCCCGACGAGGUGACCGAGUCGGAAGCAGUGGCGGUGAAAGUGGUAGGUGCCGGAAGAAGCGUUGGUAUGUCGGCAGUGGUGCCGUCGGUGGGCUCGACGGGCAGCGAGACAAUCAUGGUGCCUUCGUCAACAGAGCUCUCGGAAGGGAUCGCGCCCGUGGGAGAUGGGAUGCCAACGGGCACCGUGAUCAGGCUGGGUCCGCCUCCCACGGUUGUGGUGGGCAGGAAGGUGAGCACCUCGCCAGCAGCAUUGGUGAUGGUGAAGGCCUGUGGAGCAGCCGAAACAGAUAGAGCGACCGCAAGCAGGCCCAUGAGGCGGAAUGCGACACCACGGUGGGACAGCAUCGUGGUUGUGGCUGUGUCGACGAACUUGAUUGCUUUUUGACGGCGGCGACAGUAAUCGAGAUGAGAUGAUGAUGGAUGGUGACAGCGAUGGCGAUGGCAGAGGGGUUCUUUCUCUUGUGCCUACUGAUUAUUCCCUGAGCAAUCGAAGAAACCGGGCAAUGUGACGUGAUGCGGGCGAGGCAGUGCCAGCCAGGCCGCGCCUCCCAUACAUAAGGUACAUACGUAGUAUGCCGGCUGCAGAUCGUCACUCCCCAGAUUGUUUGUUUUGCGCGCUGCUGUCCAAUCCUCCCGUUUCACCUUCAGCCCAUGUCCUCGUGGCCUUCCCUUUUGGGACCGGCCCCUCAGCAACGCCAAGCCGACCCAGCCACCAUCACGAACACGAAGCUCGACAGCCACUCAUCCACGGCGCAGUCACUUGGGUGUCACACGGCACGCUCAAGACGAGGC